AUGAAGAGCUCCUGGAAGCCGUCCGUCAUGGAAAAGCAGUCCAGCAACGGCAACAGCGCUCCCGGGGAGACACAUGAGGUCGAUGACCUCAAGCUCCAACGUGAGCCAUCUAUCGUGCGAGAUGUCGACAUUGGCCAUAUGCUUGAGGUUGAUGCGACGCCAGAACAAGAAAGAAAAGUUCUAUGGAAGCUGGAUAUGAUAUUGAUCCCACUGAUGGGAGUCUGCUAUAUGAUGCAGUACAUGGACAAGUUGGCUCUGAGUCAAGCCACAUUAUUCAAUCUGCGCGAGGAUCUGAAUUUGAAAGGCUCCGAAUAUACCUGGACAUCUGCCGUUUUCUAUUUUGGAUACUUCGCAUGGAGUUGGCCCAGUUCUUAUCUGAUCGUGCGCCUACCGAUCGGAAAAUACCUGAGUCUCUCGGUGUUCGUCUUCCACCAGAAUCUCGAUACGUAG